AUGGUGAAGAACAAGGCCUCCGCGCUGUCUCUGGCAGUCAGCGCUCUGUCGCUUGCCGGCAGUGCCGAUGCCUUCUGGCGUCUUCCUUGCCGUGGCCGUACUGGUGUCGGUCGUCUUGAUCCCAUCAUGGACCCUGGAAAGGUCUCUGACCACGUCCACGUUGUUCACGGUGGUAGCAACUUUGGCAUCGACAACACCCCUCAGGAUCUUGUCGACUCUGACUGCACCUCAUGUGCCGUUACCCAGGACAAGUCUGCCUACUGGACCCCUCCUCUCUACUUCCUCCACGCCAACGGCACUGCUGAGAUGGUCGAGCAGGUCGGCGGCAUGCUUGCUUACUACCUCCUCUACACUGAUGCUGCCAACCCUAACGGCAAGAUCACUGCUUUCCCUGAGGGCUUCCAGAUGAUCGCCGGUGACAAGCGCCAGCGCAGCUUCGCCUACCCCAUCCCUGACAAUGACAAGUCCACCUGGACUGCCGACCAGAAGACCCAGAACGCUCUCUCCCAGAAGGCUCUUGGUUUCAACUGCCUUAACUACGCUGCCAACCCCGAGGCAUCUCUCUACCGUCACUUCUUGCCCGACAAGGAGUACCUCGAUGCCAACUGCCUUGAUGGCAUUCGUCUCGAGCUCAUGUUCCCUUCAUGCUGGAACGGCAAGGAUGUCGACUCUGACGACCACAAGUCGCACGUCGCCUUCCCCGAUCUUGUCAUGAGCGGUUCCUGCCCCGAGGGCUUCGGCACUAAGCUCCCCUCGCUCUUCUUUGAGACCAUCUGGAACACGUACGCCUUCAAGGGUGUCGACGGUCAAUUCGUCCUCUCUCAGGGUGACCCUACCGGCUACGGAUACCACGGUGACUUCCAGAUGGGUUGGGACAGCUCCGAGUUCCUCCAGUCUGCUGUUGAUACCUGCACCAACGCCUCUGGUCAGAUCGAGGACUGCCCUCUCUUCAACAUCCAGACCGAGGCUCAGGAGCAGCAGUGCUCUUUCAAGGAGGUCAGUGCCCUCAUGGGUGAGAACCCCCUUGUCUGCGACAGCGGUCUUCCUCUCGAUGUACCAAUUCAGUCCGGUCCUUCGUACGCCACCAACUACCCCGUCGUCCUUCCUGGUGACAAGACUCAGGGUGGUGCUGCCUCAUCGACCAAGACCUCUGCUCAGAUCACCUCGUCUGCUUCUGCCUCCGCUGUCGUCCCCACUCUGAGCUACACUCCUGGAACAUCUUCCAUCACCGACAAGUACGGUGGCGGUAUUCUGCUCGCCAACACUGCCUCUUCAUACGUCCAGACUGAGUCCGCCUCCGCCGUCCAGAGCGAGUCUACCUCAACCGUCACUGCCGCUGCCUCGCUCUCCGAGGCCGUGACCGAUGCCGAUGGCAACAUCAUCGCCACCUCCUGGUACACCACUGGUAACCAGGUCAUGGAGAUGAUGAUCGAGCAGGUCGACGUCACUGUCACCGCCACCGCUGUUGAGACUGCCAACGCCCACGCUCGCCGUCACAUCGGCAAGGAGCACCGUCGUGUCCGCGGUCACCCCCGUCGCUAA